ACCAUGGCUGAAAGCAAGUCUGUCAAAAGAAAAUUUGAUGAUGUAGCAAAAGCGGAAAGUAAACCAAGCGGCACCAAGAAAUUCGCUGGGCACUGGAGUCAGGGUCUUCUUGCUUCUAUGAACGACCCUGAUCUCAUUGUGGAAAAGGAUGACAAGCUCACAGUUAUCAAAGACAAGUAUCCAAAGGCCAAACAUCAUUUUCUAGUAAUGCCAAAAGAGACCAUACCUAACUUGAAAAGUUUGAAACAAGAACACCUAGAUCUGCUCAAACACAUGGAGAAAAUUGCCAGAGACGUUGCGCAGAGAACGGACAAGAAAAUCAAGUUCAGGUUCGGCUACCAUGCUGUUCCUAGCAUGAGCCAUCUUCACCUUCACGCGAUCAGCCAGGACUUUGAUAGCCCUAGUCUGAAAACAAAGAAACACUGGAACUCUUUCACCAGCCCUUAUUUUGUGGAUUCUUCAGAAGUGAUAAAGAGACUGGAGAAGGAACACAAAGUGGACUUCAAUCAGAAGGAAAAUACAGAAUAUUUGUCCUUGGAUUUGAAGUGCCAUGUGUGUGGAAGACCCAUGAAGAACAUGCCCUCCCUGAAAUCCCACAUCAGAACCCACAGUUACACUUGCGACUCCUGAAAUAGGAAUGACAGCAGGGGCCAGUUUGAAAUAAAAAUCUUAAAUAGUAUUUACAAUGUGAAUUAUCUCAGGGUAAUGUUUUCGUUAGUAGAGGGGUUAUAUUGCUUCGAUGAAGAGGGGUUAUAUUGCUGUUUACUUGUCUGUCGGAAGACCAAACAUUAUCAGGUUUAUAAAUAGAGAACCAUUGGUCAUAAAAAUGUACGUAAAUAUAAUUUAUAUACUAUCAUACGAUUAAGAUUUUUAUUGAAACGGCCCCUGUUUCUGAAGCUGUUACCAGGUUUUUCUUGUCGUCUCGCGCAUUUGGAGUGACUGCCCUUGACAUAAAUGAAGUUUAGAAAAUAAGGCCAAAUCUCUAAGAGUAUUUGGGCUCAUGAAACGUUAUAGCCAUUAGUUCGUUAAAGAAUUAUUAUUAUUUUUUUACGUUGCAUUGUUGUAUGGAAAAAGCAUAUCUCAUUUGUAUGAAUAACGCACGGUGUUUAUAGUUUGAGUUGUGAAACGUUACAACUAGCCAGAUAUCACAAUGUUUUUUUUUUAUCUCGAAUCACAAAACUAAAACAAUAUUCAGCAUUAGAAAUAAAGUACAUAAAUUUUCAUCCCCAUCCAAUUGUGAAAAAUGAUGCGAAACAUCGUAAUUAUGUAAUACAGUAGGGAAACGCCUUAAUUAGUAUAUAUGUAAUUAUUAUUAUGAUGUUUUUGAUAAUUUUGUCACUGAACAAGGUCACUGCAUGGCUUAACUUUGUACUUUCCACUGUACUCUUGGCGGUCUGAAGUACAAAUACUCUUCCUUAUUAUUGUCGGAAGACCUUGUCUUUGAUCAAUUUCGACGGCAAACAAACUAGUCAAAGGAGUGUAAUUUGAAAAGCAGUUGCACGCAUGGUGUGUAGUACUGUGCAUGUUACACACCUACAUCGUCUAAACCUUGUUUGCAAUUUACUCGCGGAAAAUAUACUCCCAACAUAGUAUGAUCAUUUUGAUUUAAACUGGGUUGUUACCAUUUGCACCUUUGUCGAUGUAGGUACUUGCAACAAUAUGAAAUAAGUGCCGGCUAUAGUGGGUACGCACAGUAUAUAAUAGGGUUUUAGUCAAGUUGUAAAAAGAGCAGGGUGCUGUAGAAGAGGGUGAAAAACAUACAUACUAUGAAAUGAACCGAAACUGCCAGGAAUUGUGUUUUAUAGAAGUACAUGCAUUCAUAAUAGCUGCACAUAGGUGAUUUACAAAACAAAUCAGUAUUAUUAAAUUUUGUGGACAGGAAAAACAUUGUUGUGGGUAUUUGUGCGUUUUAGGCAUAGGCAUUGUAAUUUUAAUAAAU